AUGAUCAGUGCCUGGGAGCAGUGGACCAAUAGAGGCAUCAUGACAACGCACGGUCCGACAAUAUCCAAAGUGAUUACUGACCACUUAAGCACAUUUCGACAAUAUAUCGACCUUGACGAUCUUCUGUUACGCCUGAAGGGGGAAGGAAUCAUACAGGAUGAUGAAUUUAUUGAGAAGACGAAAUAUUCCGAAGACAAGUCUAAGAAACAAGCGAUGUUCAUUUUGGAGAAGAUACCCCGAGCAGGGGAUGAUGCCUUCCAGGGAUUAUUGAAGUGUCUCUUGGAUAUGGAGCAGAAUCACAAGGAAUUCGUAGAAAAAUUGCUGACAUCAUUGGAGAAAAAUGGAGCAAAAUCUCUCGCGGAGACCAUUCGAAACUGUAAGUAAUGCCUUCCU